AUGCUUAGUAAGGCAGGUUUGCAGCCGUCGCUGUUGACAUACCUUCUACGGUCCCUGGGAGCGUGCCACCUGCCAACUGGGAGGGAUGGGAAACCGUUCUUGACAUAUUGGGAUUACAGGGACCUGCGCGGGUAUGCACCCACGGGGCUGGGUACCCGCAUCGUGGCUGACAAGAAGGUAACCCCCUCGACUGUGAUGUACCAGCUCCGCUCCCCAAUCCUACAAGGAGACCUCGAGAUUCGUGCUUGGUUGACCGAAAGAGCCCUGCAUGACGUGCUCAAGGACGCUGCCGAGCCCAUGCUGGCCAGCUGGCGGAGGCCUGACCGCAGCCAGGCGCAGCCCGUUGCGAGCCCCUUCGACCCGGAGGCAGCGAAUGCACUUCUUGGUCGUCUACAAUCAGGAGCUGGCCGACCGAAUGCAGAUGGAGCCACGCUACCGGCACGGCGUGCUUCACCCCAGAUAGGGAGCCUUCCAGCAGUGUGCUCCACCAGGCAGGCGAACGUGGAACUGGCCGGGCAGCCGGACAACGGCAGGGUCAGGCAGCACGAAGGCUUGGAGGCUGCUCAAGCUCCGGCAACAGUCGAUCAGCUGGCGGCUGACGGUGGCCAACCAAGCCCGCGUCCCGGCAUGCCAGGUGGGAACGACUGCGGGGCCACGGGCGCCAAUCCCCGGGCCCAGCAGGGAGAUCAGCGGUCCCCGGAGGAGCCCGGACGAGUGCCACACGAGCAACGGCGGCCCCCACGGCACCGGUCGCCGCCACUUUACGACGAUGACCAAGAUCUGAACAGCUCCUACUGUCACCCGGCAGCUGCUGCGGCCCUGUUAAGGACCUUCAAGGACGCUUUCGCUCGGGCGUAUCAGCGUCAGAAACAACGCAUUCAGGAGGAAAUCCUCAUGGCGCGACACGCAACUCUCUUCGGGGCUGGACGUGACCCUCAGGCUGGACGACAGAGACAUGAAGCGGGCGGGCGGCAGCCGGCAGGCGCUGACGUCGAAGACGAUAGCUUUGGUGAGGGGACCGUGCGGCCGCAGGCGCAGGGGUUUCGCAACAGUAUGGUUGCGCCGGGAGCUGCAGCUGGGAGGACGCAGCCUCCGCAUAGAGCCUCCGCUGGCGCGGCUGGCCGGAGUGCGGCGCUGGCCCAGCAGGAAGGCUUGGGAGCGGCCAGAACAGACACGGUGCCGUCGGGCCCGGGGAGGGCGGGCCUCCGUGCAGGUAAACAACAAGAGCAAGGGGAGCAUCGGGAGGAGGACAUGGAGGGCGAGGAGGAGGAAGGAGGAGGAACGGGCCAUCAGAAGCACCUGGACGGCAAGUGCCUUGCUGGGAAACGUGGGGCAGUGGCGAAUGGAAACGAUGACCUCGGUCGCUUGAGCGAUGAGGAGGCGGCAGUGCAGCGGCCACAGAAGCGGCGACGGCGAAUGUUCCGCAGGGGCGGCGCUGCUGAUCUUGCGGCCGAUAGUGACGGCCGCGAUAUCUCCACACCGCAACAUGCAGCUCCUCCAGAGCAGCAACCACAGGCCAAGGGCGCACAGCAAGCGCCCAGUCCUGGGCACACCGAUGAGAUAGACAGUCCCUCGACACCCUACACGUCCGCAACCAGUGCGGGCGUAACAAUCUCGUCAACAUGGACACCGGCUUCAGAUGCAGUCCUGCAGUCCCCAGCUGAAGGGGAUCUGAAUGAUAACAGGGCUCCUUCGGGGGCACAGGGAGAGCCGAGGCGUUACCACGCUGCAAUCAUCCCGGAUGACCGCGCGAAAGCCGCCUGGAAGAAGCUUGGAGAAAUCCUACAAGCAGCCAAAACUGCUGCAAGGUAUGGUCAUCCUGGCCAAGCUGUUGCGCUUCCGCCUCAGAAAGCCGCCGUUGAAGCGGAUCCCGCUCAGAAAACGCGACCUUGUACGCUAGUAGGUGUGAAUGCUGAGCUGCCAGGAGGCGGCGCAACCCUGCGAGUCAAUGCCGAUACGUCUGCGGGCAAGGGGUCGGGGUCGGCUGACGGCGAAGCUACGCAGCCUGUAGGGGCUGCACCAGCACACGGGGUGGCCGCGCCGGCAGGUGAUGGGGUGGGGGUCGAAGCAGGGCUGGCCCGCGGCCAGGCUGACGGCGAGCGUCAAGCAGGGCUCCAUGCUGCGCCUGCAGGAGGCGCUGCCGUACCUCCACAUAGCACGGCCGCGUUGCCGGGCGGUACUGGUGGCGGUGCAUCGGCCAGUCCGCAUGCACGCGCGCAGCUGCCUCAAUCACCUGUUGGCCGGCACCGGCGUCUGCCAACCUCUCUUUCCCAUCGCGGACGGCCACGCACUUUGCAAUCAGAUGGCGAUACUCUGGCAUCACCGAACCGCCUGGCCGGCUUGGCCAAAACGGACCAACAUAUGGACACAGUCACACCUAAACCGCGCCAAGCUGGCAGGCUGCAGCCAAACGCCCAGGUAGCGCCCAGCCCGUCCGGGACGGCAGCGCGAACAGCGAGCCUGAGCGGCCACGUUCCCGAACCUGGAUGCUCAGCACGUAGCACGGAAGCGCCUCAGGGCGGCUCACCAGGUGCAGCUGUUGGGGACCCACCUGGCGCGGGCCCUGGCCGCGGCUCAGCCAAUCAGAAAGGUCCGGGUUCAGGCGGUGCUGGGCACCAGGCGCCCGAUCCCUCCACGCCUUUUAAGGAGGCUAUCUGUGGGCAGCGCCAGCGGUUUGAUGGACCCACGGCCAGGCAGCGCGAAAUGGGCGCGGUGCACGGCACUCAGCCAGACGGCCAAGGGGUUUUGCUGCCAAAUGAACACGCUGCAGCAGGGCCGCAACCAUUGCCUCACGCUGUGUCCGCGCCAAAGCGGGUCCAAGGGGAGGAUAGAUCUGCAAGGCAAGAUGUUGGAGGUGGUCCGGAGACCUUCGACGGCGUGCAGGAAGACCCACACCACCCAUUGCGCGGCUCCCGGGAUGCCUGCACAACGAGGGAUGAGCGAAACGCGCCGUUGAAGGGUCCUGAAAGGAUGUUUGCCUCCCAAGGCAUCCAGACCAGCCAGCGAUUGCUCGACGAUUGGGUGCCAGGCUUGCAGUUUCCGGGUCAGCCUGUCGAACGAUCGAUCGCAGUGCAAACCUCACAAAUUUGUGCUGAGGUGCUAGCACCACAGCCCCCAGCACAACCCCGGCAGAGCCAGCAGACCGGCAGCCUGGGGCCUGGUGGCCCAGAGCAGGGGCCCCUUACGGAAAGCCCUCCUGUCAGUGCCGACGAACAACCCACCAGCCAAGCAGCACAGCGAAACCAGGUCGGCACGGUUGUUGGAGUCCAGGUUGCCAGGUCCGAUGGCCGACAAAAGGGUGGUAAGGGUUGUCGGCAAAGGGUGCAUGAAAGUCGCCUGGCGGCGUGUGGGCCCUUAGCCGGCGGUGGCGUGCCAGCUGGAACAAGCGGCGCUGCGGCUGCUGCCCUUAGCCCAGUGGCAAGGACGCGGCCUGCGUCCACGGGAAAGUGCACAGGACCAAGACCCGUCAAUGAGGACCUCGUUGGGGCGGCGAUGUCGACGGCAGCGGCCCCCACGACCGCAAAUUGCGUUACGAAGGCCCAUGUGAACGUCUCGGGAGCCGCCGUGCAGGAUGCAGCUGCUGAUACCGGGGCAGCGGCCCCAACCGAGCCCAUCCUAGCUGCAGCGUCUAUCCAGGAAACCUCAAUGGCAGCAGCAGGUGCAGCGCCGUACCUACAACAGCAGCAACAAAAGGCCGCUGGAGCACACUUCGUUGGGUCUGUAACACCAGCGCCGCAGUACGGCCGCCUUGCACGGCGGGGCAUUCCCCUUGAGGAAGUGCAGGCGUGGCUGGGACCUGGAUGUGCGCCGCUCGUGGCGCCCAGCCUGACACAGGAUGUCCUCGAUGUCCGGAACGUUGCAGUUGGCAUCACCUCGUGGCCAGAUGUGACCAUGUCGGUCCUGGGACACCUCUACAGCAAUCCCUUGCAGCCACUGCCUGCAGGGCCACCGCAGCAGGCGCCUGUCGCUGGUGCUGCUGCCAAUAGUGGGGCCCCGUGGCAGGACUGCUGGCUCGGGUGCCAUGUCCCACGCAAUGUGCAGGACGUGGUCGAGCUUGAAGGCAUCCUGCCUAUGGCGCGUCAAGUGGUGGGCGGGCCUCCCACUGCUUGCGAGCCAGCUGCGACUCCGGCGGCGGUAGUGGCAACGCUUGUGGACGCCAUGCGCCUUGUGGCGGAGCAUCGUGCCGACGUCGCCGCCGCGGUGGCGGCUGUGAGCACGAAUGGCAGGGCCGAUGGAGAUCAAGAGGAGCCCGACAUGGCGGCAAGGGCUUCCUCGCCGGGUAGCAAAGGGUUGACCGACAUGGCGGCAAGGGGCCAGCAAAUGCCGGCCAGCAAAACCGGAGAGGUUAAUGCCCCGCAGACAAUGGGCGUAGCUCUUGAUGGACGAGCCGCACGGCCGGCAGCAGAUUUCGAUUUUGUGUUGCAGAGCGCACCACCGGACUUUUUCACCCAGCCAUUUUAG